AGUUCACUUCGAUUUAUCGCUGUGACUCGACGCGAGUCGGGCGAGAGUUAAGAGGUCGAAAUCGAGACGACUAAUCGAGAGAUGGCUUCCGUGCACGCAGUAGGUGUUUUACGUGUGCUGUAACGCGCGCUACGUAUGCGUAUGUAUAUUGUUCUGACCGGAGAGGUCGGCUCGUUUUCUCACGCACUCGCGUAACAAUGUACAGAAAGCAAAGGUCAACCGCGUCGAUUCGGCGGCAUCUCGACUCUCUAGCUUGACUCGCGCCCGUGUCGCGGCGGUAAAUCGGAGUGAACCUGCCGACGUGACGUCAUCAGCUAUCGUCGCUCUUUCCCGCCAACGGAGCGCCACGGAGCGGACGCAGCGCAGCGAAGCGCUCUCGAAUCGCGUUUAAUCGGGAGUUAUACGUACGGCCUGCGUAAUUGAUCCUGUCUCUGUUGCGUUUCGCUAGUAAGCGCGCGCGUGUGAGAUCGUGUGCGAGUGCAAUGGAGAACCAGCUGCGAAGGAUUCCGAGAGAAGAAGCGGCAGAGGCUUGGUCGCCGGGCAGCGCGAUCGGGGAGGGAGUUUCGUUUGAGCUUUACCAAUGGAGGGUUACGAAGAAGACGAUGACACUCAUUUCUGCAUGAAGUGUAAUUUGACAAUUCAAGGACUCGACAAUUAUGUGCGGCAUCGUCGAUCAGGCUGCCGACCAUCCGACGUUAAAAUCGAGAUCGCUCACGAGCCGCCCUCGACGCCAACGACAGUGUCCUAUCCCGAGAUUCUAAACGCGGACGCGUUCUUCAGCUCGCUCGAAUUACAAAGCAACACUCGUCGAGCGCCGACUUUACUGGAUAACAGUAGAAAGUUCAAGAAAGAUGACAAGAGAAAGAAGGACCAGAAAGGUCAGGUGGAUGGUGACGAGUCUGGCGCAAAGGAUAAACUUCACAGCAUGUUACCCGCCGUCAGCGAUCUGGACGAACCGCCCGAUCUGUGCAUCCAGUCUCUCAAGCAGGUCGCACUCGAACGGAAGAGGCAUGAGAAUCAGCAGAGUUGGUUAGAUGACACCAUCCUCGCCGAUCUUUCUUUAGGGAAUAGCGCGAACAAGGAGCUGGCGAGAUACGACUUCGAGUACGAUGACUCUGAGGACGACAUGCUCGAGGAGGAAAUGGGGGAGGAUUCCUAUUCGGAUUCGGACGACGGCGAAAAUCGGGAGGGUCCACCGCGAGAUCACACCGGUGGAAAGUGGAAACCCGGACUCGACGAUUUGCCGCAGGACAUGCCGCAUAUGCAUGAGGACGACGCCGAGCCCGACGAUGAUCAUCAGCAACAUCCUCCGCCGACGUAUACCGGUGGCAAAUGGCGACCCACGGACACAUCGCAAAAGGUCGAGGAAUACGAAAGCAAGAACACAUCCGGACAGCCGCCACCAGGACACACGCGAGGGAAAUGGGUACCGGGUGCACGAACGGAUAUCGAGUCGGGAUAUUGGUGCAAUCCUUGCGGUAGGAAGCUCGCCUCACGAUUGGUCUACAACAGGCAUCUGCUCUCUGAUUUGCACGCCAGAAGGAGCAUUAGGGAGCUCGACGGUGGUCUCCAUCUACGGCGCGGAAUAAAUUCGCACGCGAGAGUGCCCAGAAGAGUGUCCACUCGUAGGCAGGCUUCGCUCGCAACGAAGACGAAAGAAGAGCCCGAGGAAAAGAAAGUUAAGAAAGGUUUGCGUCGAAGGGAGAAGGAGAUUCUUCUCUGCGAGAUGUGCCGCACGCGCGUGAGGAGGCCUCAAAUGGGUAAACAUUUGCUCUCCCAUUACCAUUGCCGUGUGUCAGGUGUCCUCGUGAAUCCUCGCAAUCCAAGCGUACGCCGUUUUCUUCUGGAGCACAUAGCGAACGUGGUUCGACAGAGCCCCUUCCAAUGCGCCUCUUGUCGUUUUUACUGCAACACCGAGGAGACGUUUCUGCUUCAUUGGCGUUCCGAGCUUCACGCCAAGACAGUAGAACAGAUCGGCGGCAGUUGCCGAUGCACUCCGUGCAACUUCUGGUGCGCAGACAACGCGACAAUGGAGUCUCACCUUCUGAGUACGAGUCAUCGUGACGUAGUAUCGAUGAUGAAGGGCUCCGUACCGGUGGUAAUUAGUCGUCAACGUACGUUAUCCUGCGGCAGUUGCGAUCGGCAAUUCCGAUACAACUUCCAGCUGCGAUUGCACGCCAAAGAGACCGGUCACGCCGCGAGUCAUACCGCCACGGACGUAUAUCAGCAGCGUAUCAAGUGUGAUCUGUGCCCCCAAGUCGUCCGGUCUCUAGUCGCGCUUCAGCGUCAUCAGCUGACUAGUCAUGUCGCCAAGGACAAAGAAAAAGGCGAGGUCGCGGAGACCGUGCAACCGACGCCGUAUUUCUGCUCCUUCUGCUCGAUGAAUUUCGCCACCGCCCAGGAAGCGGUUCUGCAUCGGAGAACCUCUAGUCACAAGGAAGCCGUAAAGGCACGCAAGAGCGAGGAAGGCCUGUUGGAGACAGUGCGGGAGUGCCCUCAUUGCGAUCUGAAGCAACCGAAUCUCGUCGCGCACAAGAGUCAUCUUCUUCUUUGCCAUCCGGAAAUUUGUCACAGAUGUCCUCGAUGCGGCGUGCUUUUCGCCCUAUCACAAGACGUCACCAGACAUACGCGUGAGGGUAAUUGUCUUAAGAACGAUAAAUUGAACGCGGCCGAAACGGAAAGUGUGAAUAAAGAGUGGAAAUGCAAGGAUUGCAUCUUUUCGACGGAUUCUAAGGCCGAAUUUAUUUUUCACGAGGCUCUGCACGUUGGUGUUGUUGAAGAAACGGACACAGGGGCAUCCGGUUCGAGCAAGUUGCCGAAAUAUAAGUGUCCUACUUGUGGAAAGACUUUCCCAAAAACGUCGCUACGGAAUCACAUUAGACAACAUACCGGAGAGAAGCCCUUUCCUUGCGUAAAAUGUUCAAUCUCAUUCUCGAGGAGAUCGCACCUCAUUAUUCACCAAAGGAUAUGCAAUACUUCGUCGAAAUCUCUGGACAAAAGUGGGCGUCGGCGGGGCUUUAUCUGUUUGCAUUGCGAAGAAGGUUUCUACACAAAGCAUGCUCUUCGACAGCACAUGCUGCGACACGCCGGUAAGAAGUACAAGUGCGGCCUUCCGGGUUGUCCAACGAUUCUUCGUACCGCAACCGAGCUGAAGACCCAUCGAAGGUUGGUUCACGACAACGUCGAGAAGCAGUAUUCAUGUCCUGAUUGCUCCUACGCCGCUAAAACGAAGACGCAAUUGCGCAGGCACAGGAUACGGCACGAGGAUUCCGCGAACAACGAGAAGGUCCAGAUACAUUCCUGCACUUACAAGGGCUGUAAUUUCAAGACGAAGCUCGGCUCGAACCUGCGAAGACACGUGCGACUGCAUACAGGCGCCAAACCGUACAACUGUCGACAUUGUUCCUACGCCAGUAAUACUUUGGAGAAUCUCCGGAAGCACAUCCUGUCGACGAACCUGCAUCCGGGUAAAAAGAUCUACGAGUGCGAAUUUUGCAAGAAGAAGAAGGGAAAAGAAACGAAUCCGUUCUGCACGAAUUUCGCCAAGGAGCUCCGUGCUCACCUGCUGGAAGCCCACGCCGAAGACUUUCCGACGCCAACUGAUGCCAACAACUACACGAAUAACAUUUUCAGGCCCAAUUAAGAAAGGCAAGAGAAAAACAUUUAUUUAAUUCUCAUGGUUUUAUAUAAUCAAUUCGAUUUAUACGUACCAUAUAUUAAAUCGAUGAAUAUAUUAAUCUAUUAAACAAUCUUUUUAUUUUUGUUUUGCAGUUAUAUACAGUACCGGUUAAAAAUAUUGCAUUAUGGAAACAAAAAAAAUAUCUGUAUCUAUAUGUAUAAAAUUUAAUUUUAGAACUGUUAUUUUAUGCUUUGCUAAGAAUAUUUUGAUGCAAAAGAAGUAAAAAAAAACUAAUGAAUAAUUUUUUUUAUGUUUUUUAUAUUUUUGGCGAUGAUGUAAUAUUUUUGAUCAAUACCGUAUACUUUUAUCAUUAAGAAAAAAAUUUACCUCUAUUGUGCAUGGAAAAAACGGUUUUAUUGAAAUAUUUAAAAAUUUAGAUACAGAUCGAAAGUUAUUUUGUCCAAAAUAAUUAUGUAGAAUACUUAAACUGGUUGCUAGAAUAUUAAACAUUUUUGCAGUAUUAUCAUAGUUAAACAUCAUGCAUAAUUAAACAAUUU